AUGGCCGACCGCUACACCUUCCACAGCCGACCCCUCGCCGACCCCAAAGCCAUCGUGACCGGCUCCAGCGGGAAAGGGUCCUCAGCCUCCCACUACCGCUUCACCGUCCUAACUGACCGCCUACUCCGCUACGAAUGGUCCCCCGACGGCGGGUUCGAAGACCGCGCCUCCACCUCCGUCAUCUUCCGGCGUUUUCCCGACGUGGGCGUGGCCAAUUUCCUCACGCACGAUACCGUGGACAGUCUGCGGAUCACGACGGACUAUUUCCAGUUGUCGUAUGACAAGAAGAAGUUUUCGGCGGAUGGGUUGUCGGUGAAGGUGCUUGGGGACCGGGGGGAUGUGUGGCGGUAUGAUGGGAAGAGUUACGGGGAUUUGGGCGGGACGGCGAGGACGCUGGAUGGGGCGUAUGGGAGGGUGGAUUUGGAGCCUGGGGUGUUGUCGAGGAAGAAGGGGUAUGCGGUGCUGGAUGAUAGUGAGAGUAUGCUAUGGGAUAAAAAGGGGUGGAUUGCGGUGCGGGAGAAGGGAAGGGUGGAUGGGUAUGUGUUUGCGUAUGAUGGGGACCAUAAGGCGGCGAUUCGGGAUUUUUAUCGCAUCUCGGGGAAGCAGCCUGUGUUGCCGAGGUGGACGCUGGGGAAUUGGUGGUCGAGGUAUCAUGAGUAUUCGGCGGGGGAGUAUUUGGAGUUGAUGGAUCGGUUUAAGAGUGAGGGGAUUCCGUUGAAUGUGGGGGUUGUUGAUAUGGAUUGGUGGAAGCUAACACUCGACAGGCAUAAGGCAGGAUGGACGGGCUACAGCUGGCGACGGGAUCUAUUCCCCGAUCCUGAGGGGUUUCUCAAGGAAUUGCACAAGCGCAAUCUGAGGGUCACGCUAAACGAUCACCCGGCUGACGGCAUUGCGUCGUAUGAGGAUCUGUACGAGGCCGUCGCCAAAGCCUUGGAUUUUGAUACCUCCAACGGCGCGCGGAUCGAGUUCGACUGCACUGACAAAAAGUUCCUAGACGCUUACUUUGAUGUGCUCAAGCUCACUAUCGAGAAACAGGGCGUCGACUUUUGGUGGAUCGACUGGCAGCAGGGCAAUAAGACCAAGAUUCCGGGCGUGGAUCCCCUUUGGGUACUUAACCACUACCACUACCUCACAAGCCGGCGCAACGUCAAGACCAUCGACCGGCCCCUGACCUUCUCCCGGUACGCCGGCGCUGGCUCGCAUCGUUACCCGAUCGGUUUCUCGGGCGACACACAGAUUACCUGGGAAGGGCUUGAGUUUCAGCCCGAGUUCACGGCCACAGCGUCGAACAUUGGGUAUGGAUGGUGGAGCCAUGAUAUCGGCGGACACUGGGCAGGUGUCCGCUCCAACCAGCUGACCGUUCGCUGGGUUCAGCUCGGCGUGUUCUCACCCAUUAUGCGGCUGCAUUCCACCAAGAACAUCUGGAACUCGAAGGAACCGUGGAACUUCGAGAAGGACGCCUUCGAGAUCAUCCGGGCAUUCCUCAUUCUCCGUCACCGUCUCAUCCCGUUCCUCUACACCAUGAACAUCCGGGCCGUGCACGAGAGCGAGCCGCUCAUCCAGCCACUGUACUGGAACCACCCCAAGGACGACGAGGCCUACACGGUUCCCACGCAAUACUAUUUCGGGCCCAACCUUCUCGUGGCGCCCAUCACCUCGCCCGACAGCACGGCGUCGCUGCUCGGUGGGGUCCGCGCGUGGUUGCCCAAGGGGAGGUACAUUGAUGUGUUCCACCCGCAUCUGGUGUACGAUGGAGACCGGUACAUGCAUUUGCACCGGGAGCUGACGCAUAUCCCCUUGUUAGCGAAGGAGGGAACCAUCUUACCCCUGGAUACCUCGCCCAAGCUGGUGAACGGGUCGCCACGGCCGACUGAAAUUACGAUUGUGCUCGUUGUCGGCAAGGAUGCGCACUUUGAGCUGGUGGAAGAACCGGAAAAGUCGACCCAUGAGCACACCAACGAGGACGAAGGAGGAGUAGACCUGGCCACCAAUGUCCCCCUGAGCGCAUACGUCCGCACGCCAAUUACGUGGAACCAGGCCGAGGGCAAACUCAGCAUCGGGCCGGAGUGGAACGGCACGGGCAAGUGGCGGCAGUGGAAUGUCACGCUGCUGGGACACACCAACACCGAUAUUCAGUCGCUCGUCCCCGGGUUCCGCGUCGUGCGAUCCAUCGAAGGCGAGGACACCACCAUCUCGCUCGGCAACGUGCACCGCUGGGAUCCCACCGGGUUCGAGCUCACCCUUGGGGCCGACCUGCAACUCGAUGUGGUCGACAUCCAGGCGCGCGCGUUCGAAGUCCUGCACCGGUGCGAGAUGUCGUACGAUGACAAGGACCCGAUUUGGGAUGCGGUGGUGGAGUCGGGAGAUAAGGUGGCGGACCGGGUGACGAGGUUGUUGAAUCUUAAGAAUGUGGACGCGGCGGUGAAGAAUGCGGUGAUGGAGGUUUGGGCGGCGGAUGGGAGGGCGGAGGGGACUGCAGCGGGGGUUGAGGGGUGGGUGGAUGCGAAGAGGGAGGAGAGGGAGGUCGAGGAGGUGUUGAGGGAGUAUGUUAUUGUUUAG